CCAGCCAGCGCGCGAGAGCGAGCGAGCGAGCGAGAGAGAGAGACGUAGAAAAAUUACUGUCCCACCAACCUCCGCCCCUGCAGUCAUGCCACACUCUGGAUUUCACUGUCAAGCCUCUUAAAACUGAAGAAAAUCUCACUCGGCCGUUAUUAAGGCCGGCGGUGUUUAACGUGGAAGCGAUAAACGCCGACACUUCCGCGGUUCGGAGGAUCUGUUUGCUGGCGUGCCUGCGUGUGUAUGUAUGCAUGGGAGUGAACUGGAGAAAGCGAGGAGAAGAAGAGGAGGUUUGAUUCGUCUAGAGGCACUCAGUGGGAGGAGCCAUGACAGAAGGGGAGGGGCAGUUCUACAGCGUGCAGGUGGGUGACUCCACCUUUACGGUGCUCAGAAGGUACCAGCAGCUCCGCGCCAUCGGAUCCGGUGCCCAGGGUAUCGUCUGCUCUGCUCUGGACACUGCACUUGGCAUCCCAGUCGCUGUGAAGAAGCUGAGCCGGCCCUUUCAGAACCAGACCCAUGCGAAGAGGGCUUAUAGAGAGCUGGUUCUGCUUAAGUGUGUUAACCACAAGAACAUCAUCCGUUUGCUUAAUGUCUUCACACCCCAGAAGUCAUUGGAAGAAUUUCAGGAUUUGUACUUGGUAAUGGAACUGAUGGACGCUAGCCUUUGUCAGGUGAUCCACAUGGACCUGGACCAUGAGAGGAUGUCUUACCUGCUCUACCAGAUCCUGUGUGGCAUCAGACAUCUACACUCAGCUGGCAUUAUUCAUAGGGAUCUGAAGCCUAGUAACAUUGUAGUGAAGUCUGACUGCACGUUAAAGAUCUUAGACUUUGGGCUGGCCAGAACUGCCUGCACUAACUUCAUGAUGACACCCUACGUAGUAACCAGAUACUACAGAGCACCAGAGGUUAUCUUGGGAAUGAAAUAUAAGGAGAAUGUGGAUAUCUGGUCGGUGGGCUGCAUCAUGGGUGAGAUGGUCAAAGGAAGUGUCAUAUUCCAGGGCACCGAUCAUAUUGACCAGUGGAAUAAAGUGAUUGAGAUUCUGGGAACCCCUUCUCUGGAGUUUAUGAACCGUUUAAUGGAGACUGUAAGGAACUAUGUAAUGAACAAACCCCAGUUUCCUGGAGUCAGUUUUAAUGAGCUCUUUCCCGAUUGGGCCUUUCCUUCCGAGACGGAGCAUGACAAGGUCAAAACUAGUCAAGCACGAGACCUGCUGUCCAAGAUGCUGGUAAUCGACCCUGAAAGCCGCAUCUCUGUUCAGGAGGCCCUCAAUCACCCUUACAUUCAUGUGUGGUACGAUCCAGCGGAGGCCGAUGCGCCUCCUCCGCAGAUAUCAGACAAGCAGUUGGAGGAGAGGGAACACAGCAUUGAGCAGUGGAAAGAGUUGAUUUAUAAAGAAGUAAUGGACUGGGAGGAGAGGAACAAGAAUGGAGUACUGAAAGAGGAGUGUUUAGUAGACGGUACGGUGAACAGCAGCACCACUGCCUCCCAGUCAUCCUCUAUUAACGACAUCUCGUCCAUGUCGACGGAGCAGACAUUGGCGUCAGACACCGACAGCUCCUGCAUCGACACCCUCACAGGACCAUUAGAAGAGUGACUUGAGUGGGUUCCACCUUCCCCGUCUUCUCGCUUAUGUCACAUCCCUCCCCCUCACCUCUGUGGACCAUGCUGUGGUCUUGACUGAAGAAAAGUGUGGGUGCACAUUCAUUCGGCUUCAAGUUUACACUCAAAAUCUUUCACUCUUGCUUUUAAGGGCCUGUCCCAUCUUUCAAAUAGAGACAUUUGUGUAAUAUUAGCCUUAGUCAUGUCUGUUGUGGCUAAAGCUCAGAUUACACACCAAAAAUCUAACUUCUUUUAUGUUUGACUGCAUCUUUACAGUUUUAGUUUUACAUUUUUUAAAUAUCUCAGUUCAUAAAUGGGCAAAUAAUAGAUAAUAGGUUUAUGCUUUAAUGCAUUCACGUUUCACUUCAUAUAAACAAAAAUUAAUUAAUCUAGUGGUGUUAUUGCAGCAGCAUGUGAAAUAUCAGAAUUUAUCCCUGUCAUUUAUCUCUCUCUCUCUCUCUCUCUCUCUCUCUCUCUCUCUCUCUCUCUCUCUGUCUCUCUUUCUCUCUUUCUCUCUUUCUCUCUCUCUCUCUCUCUCUCUCUCUCUCUCUCUCUCUCUCUCUCUCUCUCUCUCUCUCUCUCUCUCUCUCUCUCUCUCUCUCUCUCAUAUUACCAUUCAUUUCAUCACCUAAAAGAAGCACAGAUAUAAAUUCUUGGAAAACGUUAUAGCUAGCCAGCCCCUUUGGAAUGAGUUCCUGUGACAAGUAUUGCUGCAUGAUAUUAACAAAGAACACUUACUAGACAGACAGUGUAACUACAGCUCACUGAAAUAAGCCUAAACACACCUAGAAACAGAACAAUAGUGCCUGCCUCUGUACAUAGUCACCAUACACCCAUUUUAAAAGCGAACCUAAUGAUGCUUUUCGGUUGGUUAGGGUGUAGUUGUGUGUGUAUAUAUACGUACAUAGAUUUUGUGUAAAUGUCCUUUUUUUUCUUUGUGCUGUGGAACGAUUUUUACAGAUUCUGAAUAUGCUUUAGCAUAUGUACUGUAAAACAAUUUAUGUAGAUGGAACUUGAAAUCGAUUUAAAAAUUGCACAUAGAAUUUAAAAGUGAGAAUAUUCUGCUUAAAAAAAAAAAAGAACAAACAAUUCAAGAUAUCCAAUGGAACAUUGUGGAUGCAACAUUCUAAUCAAAGCCCCUGUUCCUCAUUCCAAGAGUAAUUAAUCACCGCUGACAAGUUCAUGAUGUAUCUCGAAAGAUUGUACGUUUAAUUGCAUGAGCUAAUGCAAACCAUUGCCUUUUUUAAUCUCCUCCAACUUGAAAAGCCCAUAAGAAUGUUGUACAAAGCAAAUUUAUGAUUCCUUUUGUUAAUAGACUUGUCAGUGGAUUUUUAUUUCUGCAGUUUUCUCGUCUUUAAAGAUGUCCAUUCAGUAAAACACAAAAAGGAUUUUCAUGUUUGAAUGAAUUAUCAAGGCCGUAUAAUUUAAUUUCCUUUUAUACGUGUCUCUUUAGUCUUAGGUUGCUGUUUGCAGACUUGCGAAUCAGUGAUACACUGUAGGUAACCAUGCACUUAGAGACCUGUUUUGGAUCUUGUGGUAACAGUGGUAAUCAGGAUGGAAACCCACAUGUUCAUCACCUUUCUGCUUUCUUUUCCCUCUAGUCUUGUAGAUAUGUAUGAUGAUGUGUCCUGUACUCUACAUUAAUUUUAUGCAUGAUAACACAAGGAAUCCCAGACUUAGGGACAUUGCAGAAAUCUUUGGUUGUUUAGGUUUUGAGUUUGUGUUCCUCUAAGCUCAGACUGAAAUGGGAAUAUCAGUGGAUGGAUCCUACACUGAUGGACAGUACUCAAGGAUGAACUUAGCAUCACCAUAAUUUUCAUGCCUUAAGCUUCUCACUCUUAGUGUCUCUGCAGCUUGGCCUGGAGAUCACAAAAUGAUUGAUGGUAAUUGACCUACAAUCGAGGUUUUUUUUUUUUUUUUUUUUCAGCAGGCUGGGAUGUUUGCUACCCAUGCCACUUUGUCUGUUUUCUCAAACAUCACAUUUCCUGGUCUCCUUGAGCUUGUGAGAUUUGUUUUGGUGCUUCAAUUUACUGUUAGCACAGUGAUAAUGUAUUACAACAACGCAAUAGUGCAUUGUGUUCCAUUCUCAUUUCGGAGCCUCAUGCACAUUAGUUUCGCUGUUGUGGACUCAUUGAUUCCUGUUAUGAACACUAGUGAUGGACCUCUGUGGCAUUGAUAACUUCAAGACAACGAACAAAGCUGGCUCACACUUUCUCAAGGGCUUACUUUCUCUUCUUUUAGGUGUCUGUUUCCCUUGGGGAAGAGGGUGUGUGUUUGUGAACAACAGUGUUUUUUUAGAGGUGGAAUCAGUAAUUACUUGAAAGAAUUAUUGACUUCAAAGAGAUUCAUUUACUUCUUAUACUAUUUACAUAAAGGCUAGUGUACACUGCACUACCAGAUGCUGACAGCCAACCGAUUACAGUAUGUCACGUCUCAGACAUUCCAUUGGCAAAAACAAGGACUGACCAAUGAUAACAGACACCGAGAGGGGUAAGACACUGAUCUGACAAAACCAGACGAGUGUGUCUGGUUGUCAUGUCUGUCAGUGCAGUGUGAGCUGGCCUUAAAAAGACAGUUCUCAUGAUCAUCAAUCAAAUCCUAUAAAAGGAAUAGAUAUCUAACUGCUCUGUGCUAGUAAUGUCUGUUUAGCUAUCAUGUGUUUUGUAAUGAUGUGCUACAUAUGGGUGCCCUGUCAGUGGGCUAUGAUGGGAGUUACCCAAAUCACAAUUCUGUCUGAAACAUAUGCAAAACCUUAAACAAUACUCUAUCUACAAAAACCGAGUGAGAAUUCUUUUCUCUGCGAAAAAAAAAGAAAAGAAAAUAAACAUCUGUUACAGCUGGCCAAAUAAAAAGCUCAAAGUAC